AUGGUAUUUCCGGACUACUAUUUCUUUGCUGAAAGAUGUUUGGUAAACCACACCAUUGAAAAGAAACUUGUCAAUAACUUGGAUGACUGUGAGCUAAUGUGCUACCUGAACGAUGACUGUGUCAGUCUUAACUUCAAAAAAGAUCCAGAGGAUGAGGAACCACUUCACAUCUGUGAACUAAAUAAUGCCACUCAUCUGAAAUACGACAGUGAGUUCACAACUGAUGCCGAUUUUUAUUAUCGUGGGUCGAAGGUGAGUUACAAAUCGAUUUUUCGAAAUUAUCGCCUUUGAAUAAUGUGAUAACAAUAAUUAAUGUUUAUGCAAAUUUUCGUGUAUUCGAUCAUUCAGUAUUUCGUUCUUCUUUCAUUUUAAUUUUUUUUCUUCCUUAGAACGCUUGUGACAAGAGUCCCUACUGCAAAAAUAACGCAACUUGCCAGUCUGGAUUUACACUCAAGGGAUAUCGAUGCUUGUGUCCUCCUGGAUUCGAAGGAGAAUAUUGUGAAAUGGGUAUGAGUCUAAGUUAACACUUGAAAUGAACGUAUAUUAGAUUUUUUUCUGAUUUUCAAUACUGGUAUGCCAACUUUUCUUUAGUUGCUGAAAUUGGCGUGAAUUUCUCUUAUUGUAUAAGGUGCUGAAUCUUAGAAUUUAAGAAAAAUUUCUUACCAUAUUUCAUUGAGCGUGUGUAAUGUAUUCGCUCGCUCGUUUGUAUAUUUUCGUUUUGUUUUGUUUUGGUUUGUCUGCUUGUUUGUUGUUUUAUUGCUUUUUGUAUUUGUUUUUGUUUCGUUUGCUUAAUUUUUUUAUUCUUUUAUUUACCUUGAAUGUUCGACGCCUUUCCAUGGCAAAAUAGGAGCAGUUCAUAUGUGUGUCGAAUGCUUGAUAUAGUAACUGCAAGGAGAGUUCAGAAAUAAUAGCUUUAUUGAAAAGUCUCACCAGAGAACUACUCAAAGCAGGAAGCUACAAAUAAAUUGAGGUUUUUGCCAAUUUCUGAGUUCCUAUGGCUCUUUAAUAGAAACCAAAAUGCUUAUGUUUUUAGUUGGUAUUUUAUUUUUUAAUUUUUUUCCUUCUAAUUUUACGAGAGAUACUGAUAAAUGCGAAGUAUUCAUUGGCAAAUGCCACAUGGAGGCUACGUGUAAUAACACACACGGAUCAUACGUGUGCAUAUGCAAAUCUGGGUUUAUCGGAGAUAGGCAUAUUGUACAGGCAACCGUCAAUAGUCUCAAUUGUUUGUUGAUGUUUAUUUUGGUAACGUGGCAAGCCAUGUUUUAAUUGUUCAAAAUAGGUGAGACAGUUACCUGACUAAAAGUUAUUAAGAGAUAGGUUUUUGCAUAGACAACUUUUUUUCAUCAGGUACGACAAUCUCGCGUUCUCGCAAUCUAGCAAAAGGUUGAAAACAGCCAUGGCUUGCACUCUUCAACACAGUAAUGGCUUAUGCACGUCAGUUUUUUCAUAAUUCUGAAAUCCCAUUUUUUCAUCUGUGAUUUCAUAGACAUUGACGAGUGUAAAGGAAACCACUCUUGUCAUGAGGAUGCAAACUGCACCAACACCAAUGGAUCACAUGUAUGCGAUUGUCAGCCUGGAUAUACUGGAAAUGGACAAAAUUGCACAGGUGAAUUAAUAACAAGGAAAUGCGGUCAUAGAUGAUUUAUUUUAGUUCGUUCUUUCUUUUGUUGUUUAUAUAACGUGUUUUGUGCUCCCGUAGCAAAACAAGAGCAGUUUAUGGCGUAUGCUUUAGAUAAUCUUUGCUGUACCAACGUGAAAAAAAAAUUGCAAAAUAGGGCUUUGACUUACAGGUCCAACCCGAGAAUCGCAUGAAACCAAAAAAUUGCAAACAAGUAUUCCACUUUUUUCAUAUACGUGUACAUGUAUGACUUUUGAAUAAAAACCAAAUCUCAUUUUCAUUCUUUUCUCUUUCUUCUCAAUGUUUUUUUUUUUGACAGAUAUUGACGAAUGCCUCACAUACCCCGACAAAUGUCACGUAAAUGCUCUUUGUAAGAACACGCACGGAUCACACGUUUGCACAUGCAAACCUGGAUAUACUGGAGAUGGACGCAACUGUACAGGUACGGUCAAUAAUCUCAGAAGCCUUCAUAUUCGUUUUGACUAUUAUAAUGAAUUUUUGUUUGUUGUUGUUGUUUUUUUUUAAAGCACGCAAGAAGUGGCUAGAGCACGAACGAAGUGUAAGGAGAAACACUAGAGGUAGUCGAGAAGCAUUUGCGUCUCUGCUCACGUUAUGAUAGCAUAAAUUAAGGCGCUUAGCAUCUUUUGAAACCUUAUUUGGUUCUUCUGUUACUACUUCGCUCAUUCCGAAAUUUCACUUUUAAUUAGUAAAAAAAAAAAAAAGGAAGAUAGAGGGAAGUUCGAGAAAUGGUCAGAAAAAGUAUAAUUUGGAAAAUGGCGUGACAGUCUUAGCUCAGCCUUAUGUUUUCAGUACUCUGAUAGAGCGCGCUUUUUCGACCGAUAACAGCACCUGUUAUAUCCGCACUUUAUCAUAAGUAGUAUUGGAUUAUUUGUAUGACACCGCCUUAAAUCAUGUUACAAAUCCCUUCAUCGUUGAUGCUUUUUGUGUCUUUCUGCCUUUGGAUGGGCGUUUCAACAAUAAUAGACGACAGCGUGAAACAUUCUUUUGAGUAACACUCUUCGUAGCUUGAUUUUGACGUAAUGUGUAUGUUCUCUUUCAGACAUCGACGAAUGCAGUGAAGCUCAUACCGUGAAAAUGAACAACUGCCAUCCGAAUGCCUCUUGCACUAAUACUCAGGGCUCAUACAACUGUUCCUGUAAUCCUAAAUAUAUCGGGAAUGGUUUAAAGUGU